AUGCUAAGCCAGACUUUAUGCAAAUCUUCAGAACCAAGGUUUGCUAAUUUAAGUCAGCAGAAGAUGAGUCAUCUGGAAAAAGACUAUAAACAUUUGUCCCCUAGGAAUCCUAUUGAAGCUCUCAGACAUUGGCAACCUCCUUAUCACAGUGAUUUAAGCUGCCCAAUCUGCCUCCAAACAGCUACUUUCCCAGUAGAAACCAAUUGUGGACAUUUAUUUUGUGGUUCCUGUCUAAUUACAUACUGGAAACAUGGUUCCUGGUUAGGAGCAAUAAACUGUCCUCUCUGCAGACAAAAAGUGAUUCUUCUGUGUAAUGCCUCUUGUGAAAAUCAACAAGAUAAACCAAGCAAGCGGAUUGUACGUGACAUCAGAGAUUACAACAAGCGUUUCUCUGGACAACCUCGACCUUUUGCAGAUUACCUUUAUGACAUGCCGCUACUCCUAAAUCUUGCCUUAAGAGGAAUCUUCACCCUGGGCGGUCUCGUAUGGAUCUUCUUCCUAAGAAUUGUUGUUUGCUCCUUUGGGACCAUCAUGUGCUUAACUUCCCGAUUUGACGUGAUGCAUGAAUCUCUUUGUGGAAUCCUUGCAGCAGUCGAUGACCUAGUUGUCGUUUUCCUCCUUUUAAUUUGCAUGUUUAACAUUUGCCAGCAAAUGGAAUCAGAAGGUAUAAAUAUGGCAAGUUCUACAACUCAGACCAUGCUGUCAGAAUCUUGA